UCGACGAGCGCCCCAGCGACGAGGGCGCUUCGUUUCUUCCGGUAACUUCCGCCUCCGCCGUUAUUAUUAUAUAAAUAGCGCCCAGCUCUCACCCCACAUGUUAAACUGCUACGGCUACACACCUCCCCAGUCAACACAGCUCAGCUCGGCUCGGCUAGCGAGCUCCUCUUAUCUACACAGUCCCCGACGCCCGCCCGCCCGCACCGCUGCGACUGCGAGCGACGCACCGACCCCCUUCGCUGGUCCCUGCCUGGUUCUGGCUGCCUUCUUCCCCCUCCCGUCCGAUCGGUUUCACCAUUCACGGAUUCACCCGUCUGCGCGCUCCAACCGCCGCAGUUCGUACUGGCGCGGUGGACAGGGAGCUAGCUAGGCGGGGUUGAUUGCAGUUGGGGAGGCGGGAGUGUGUGUGUGAUGUACGGCGCGCCGGUGCCCAAGGACCUCAACCUACCAGCAGCCCUGCCGCAGCCGACCAGGGCCGGUGCGAGGACGCCACCGCAGCAGCAGCAGCAGAUGAGCUCCGCGGGGCUGCUGCGCUACAGGUCGGCGCCGAGCACGCUGCUCGGCGAGGUGAUGUGCGGGGAUCAGGACUUCCCCGCGACGGAUGGCGGCGGAGGGCACGGACCACCGGACCACGCCGCCACGGACAACGUCCUCGCGCUCUUUCUCGCCGGGCACCACUCAGAGGCCCGGGACUGCAAGCCUCCCCGCCCCGCCGCGGCCGCUCACUUCAUGGACGAAGCUGCCGCCUCGCAACAGCAGCAGCUCAUGUACCAGUCGCAGCAGCAGCAGCAGAUGGCCGCCAUGGAGGGGCUGUACCACAACGUCAGCUCCGGUGGCACGGAGCACGGUGCGGGCGUUGGCGCUGGUAAUAACAGCCUGAUCCGCCAGAGCAGCUCCCCCGCCGGCUUCCUCACCAACGGGUACGGCGGCAUGCUCCGUGCGGGCAUGGGCAUGGCCGGCGGCUUCAGGAACGGCGUCAGCGACGCGCGGCUCAAGGGGCAGCUGAGCUUCCCGUCCCGGCAGGGGUCGGUGAUGUCGCAGAUCUCGGAGGUGGGCAGCGAGGAGCUCGACGGCGGAGGCGGCGGCAGCCCCGAGGCGGCCGGCAGCAACGCCAGCGGCGCGCCGCGCGGCUACGUCGGCAUCCCGGGGUACCCGAUGGGCGGCGGCACGUCCGGCGCCUGGUCGGACGAGCCGUCGCCGUCGCCGACGUCCGGCGCGAAGCGCCGCCCCCGCGACUCCGGUCCCGCGCCGCAGAACGUGCAGCAGCAACCGCUGGCGCCGCAGCUCAGCCUGCCCAGCGGCGGCAAGCCGGCCUCGGCGGAGAUGGCGGCGAUCGAGAAGUUCCUGCAGUUCCAGGACGCCGUCCCCUGCAAGAUCCGCGCCAAGCGCGGGUGCGCCACCCACCCGCGCAGCAUCGCCGAGCGGGUGAGGAGGACGAAGAUCAGCGAGCGGAUACGGAAGCUGCAGGAGCUCGUGCCCAACAUGGAAAAGCAAACCAACACUGCCGACAUGCUGGAUCUGGCUGUGGACUACAUCAAGGAUCUUCAGAAGCAGGUCAAGGUGCUGAACGACGGCCGCGCCAACUGCACCUGCUCCGGCGGCGGCAAGCUGCAGGACCCGUUCACCAGUUAGAAGGAGCAGCAGCCGGCGCGCGCGUAGCAGUGCGCGGCCAUGCAUGGCCCGCCGCAAGGCCGGCCUGACUGACGCCUCCGUGCCGGCCGGCGGCUAAGCUCGCUUCGAGCGCUCCUCCUCGAUUGGAGUAAGAGUCGUCGAAGUAUAGUAGUAUCAGUGUACGUGUUCGGCUUUACAUAGUUAACUGAAUGAGUAGUACGUAGUCUGUUAUACAUGCAAGUUCAUUAGCAGGCAGGCCCCACGUACGUAUACCAGUGACACAGCUGCGUCAGUUAUCUGUGGCUCUUGCAGCAUGUGUGUCUCUGUCAUCGUUUGCACUUACUGCUCGGAUCCUACGCGACACGUACAUGCAUAUGUACGCAUGCAUGCA